AGCUACGCAGUCUGGUCUAGGCUGGCUAGAGCGAGCGCGGGAGACUGCUGCUCAUGUUUAUUAAUGAGGCGGGCAGCCAAUCGGCCAGGCCGGAAGCGCACGGCUCAUGAAUAAUCCAGCGAGCCGCUGAGCGGGACUGAGAGCUGCAGGAGGAAACGGUCCGACCCUGCGAACAUGGCGACCGCGAUGUACCUGGAGCACUACCUGGACAGUGAGUGUGGGGUCAGCCUGAGGGAGCGGGCGGGCGGGGCGGAUAGCGGCGCCAUUAGCCAGCACCGCUAAAUGGCCUGAAUACGGGGCUGCCGAGCGUGUAAUUAAAACUGCGUCACCAGAUAGCGGGCGCGCUCCUACGGUGCCUCGCCCGAGCGUCAUGACGUAAGGGAUGUACGUAACGCUGCGUGCUCGCUCUCGAUUUAAAAACUUUAUUGUUCGCAGUGUUUGUAACAGUAAACUGGCGCAUUCUAUGUGUAGGGUUGGAGCUGUAGUUAGACAUGGCUACUGAUAUCAUGAAGUCCUGUAAUGUCAUAGAUUGUGACCACUCUAGUUGUGGAGGGGGGAAAGUAUUACAGGGAUGGAGGGGGGAGAGUAUUACAGGGAGGGAGGGGAGAGUAUUACAGGGAGGGAGGGGGAUAAUAUUACAGGGAGGGAGGAGGGAGAGAAUUACAAGGAGGGAGGGAGGGGAGAAUAUUACAGGGAGGGGGAGGUGAGGGUCUCUGGGGGGGUUACACAGCGCGGACACCGGCUGACAGACUGGCUCUAAGCCCUACCCUGAAAAUAAGCCCUAGUGUGGUUUUUGUGACUAAAAUUAAUAUAAGACUCGGUCUUAUUUUCUGAGAAACACGCAGCUUGUUGUGACGUGCUAUUUCCUGUAUGUGAUUAAAGUUCAAUUUAGAGAUUGAGAUACAAUUAUUUAAGGUAAAUUACAUCUGUUUGAAAGUGAAACCAGUUUUUUUUUCAUGCAGGCUCUGUCAAUCAUUGCCAGGGGAGGUGUGGCUAGGGCUGCAUAAACAGAAACAAAGUGAUUUAACUCCUAAAUGACAGUGACAUUGCAGGGGAAUGAUCUAUACACUAAAACUGCUUUAUUUAGCUAAAGUAAUUUAGGUGACUAUAGUGUUCCUUUAAAGGACCACUAUAGUGCCCUGAGGGUGCCCCCACCCUCAGGGACUCCCUCCCGCCCGGCUCUGGAAAGGGGAAAAGGGUUAAACUUACCCUUUUCCAGCGCUGGGCGGAGAGCUCUCCUCCUCCGAUCCUCUUUCUCUCCUCCCCGUCGGCUGAAUGCGCACGCGCGGCAAGAGCUGCGCGCGCAUUCAGCCGGUCACAUAGGAAAGCAUUCAUAAUGCUUUCCUAUGGACGCUGGCGUGCUCUCACUGUGAAAAUCACAGCGAGAAGCACGCAAGCGCCUCUAGUGGCUGUCAAUGAGACAGCCACUAGAGGAUUAGGGGAAGGCUUAACCCAUUAAUAAACAUAGCAGUUUCUCUGAAACUGCUAUGUUUAUGAAAAAAUGGGUUAACCCUAGCUGGACCUGGCACCCAGACCACUUCGUUAAGCUGAAGUGGUCUGGGUGCCUAGAGUGGUCCUUUAAGGGAGAGGUGGCUGGUAGGUGAGUGUUACUUUCAAUAUGUUCUAUAUAUAUCUCUCCCAAGAAGUUUCUUGCCCUUCCCUCUUAUAGUUUACCAUGAAUAGAUUGUAAACUUGGUAGGGCAAAGUCCUCCAUAAUCACUUGUUUCCUGUUAAAAAUGUCUAUAAUUUUUCAGUAUUUCAUAAAUCUGUGGAAUUUCACAGAUUUUUGAGACAAGGUAGAGACUAUUUUUGUCUUAUCGUAAAUCCUAAAGUUGGGAAAAGUCAGAGUUCUGUUGUCUAAUCCCAACAGUGGCCUCAAGUGACAGCUGUGAGGUUCAGGAAUGGUCUCGCUCCCUGUGAUACAUGAUUUACAGAUGCUCUUGUAUGCUCAAACAUAGAUCUGUGUUGUAAUCUUGUGCAUGAUCAAAAGUAGAGCACUGAUCGGCCUACUGGCAAAUAAGGCAGCAGAAGCCUAAGAAGAUGGACUGGCAGGAAGGGACAGCUUGAGGGAGUAACCUACCUUCUACUGGAUCCUAACCAAAGAUGUCAACUUUGGAGAUUUUUGCAAAAUAUGUAAAGACACCCGAAAAUAAUAGAACAGUUUUAAGACUUGUAGUUUGUCUCUUAUUGUGGUAAUAUACCACAGUAAGGGAUAAAAAGAGAUGCAUUGUAAAACCCUAGCUAAUACAUUGCCAUAGGUAAAUGCCAAUAGUAAUAAUAAAGUAAAAUUGGUUAUCAGUAAGCCACCAAAACAUCUACUUUAUAGAAUCUCAGUUCACUAGUCUCUCACUGCCAGCAAAACAUCCUAUAAUGAAGUACAUCCUCUUUGGCCAUUUGAAAUGAUGGUUACUAUGCAUCAGACAUUAACCGUGGGAGCGGUAACUUGGUACUGUCACUUUUCUGUACUCGUUUCAUUGAAAUUUCAUCUUGGGCCUAGAUUUUUAUAUUUUUGGAUACUCUUUUUAAAUGACUUAAUAGGAUAAAUAUAAAACUAAGAGGCUGCACUCACUUGAACGUGUAUACAUUAUACGGUGCUGCUGGGCCAAUUCAUACAACAUACCAUACAGAUCCAGUGCACUCGCACAUUCACCAAACCGCAAUUUCAAAUGUCACAGAAUGUAAUAGUUUUAUUUAAAAAUGAGUUCGAUUACAGUAUAUGAUCAUACAUUGCAUAAGCUUGCUACAACAUCAAUGUACCCUAUUCUUGCCAGGUCCUACUCUAUCAUCCUAUUGCCUAGCUAGUCUCUCUCAUCAGCUGUUCUAAACAGAGGGUGACUGAAACAGAUAUCUUCCCUCCCUGUCCUUGUGUUUUGUUGUUUUUCUUUAUUUGAAUGUUUUAAUGUAAUUAUUUCUAGGUAUAGAAAACUUGCCCUGUGAACUCCAGAGAAACUUCCAACUGAUGAGUGAUCUUGACCAGAGGACAGAGGGUAAGUGUCCUGUACCAUUCAUAGCUCAGUGAUGCUGGUUUUUGUUUUUCAAUUUAAAAUAAAAAAGUUUUCACAACCAUAUUUGGCAAAGCCUUUUUAAGCAUAGUUGACAUUAAUGAUGCUUUUAGAGUUGGAAACAAAGGUCUUGCAUACCAUAAGCACUUAAGGUUCCAGAUGUGUUUUUUUUCGUUUGUGGUUUUUUCAGGAAGUUUGUAGGGUGGUUGUGUGAGCUAGGGGAGGUGUUGCAAAGUCUGCUAAAAUAAUUUAACUCCUAAACAGAUUAUUGGGCAGUGAGACUGUAGGAAUGAGUGCUUAACAGAAAGGUGCGAAGAUUGACUCACUUCACAGCGUAUUUCUAUUCUGUUUCUAAUAGAUAAGAAGAAGGAAAUAGACACAUUGGCCAGUGAGUAUAUUGCAAACGUACGGGACUUCACCCCAGAGCAAAGAGUACAGCAUCUUCAGCGCAUCCAGAAUGCCUACAGCAAAUGCAAAGAGUACAGUGAUGACAAGGUGCAACUGGCUAUGCAGACUUAUGAGAUGGUAAGGGCAGUCUGUUAUCAUAUGUUUGGUUCUUUGAUUUUAAUGCAUGUGUAACGCAAAGCCUCAACUUGCUUGUUUAAAAUGUUAAAGGAGAAGUCCUUAAAAAUAAAAAUAUAAUCUUGUAAAAUACUUAUUGUAUUAUUGUAUUUUGAAAUUUGGUUAUGAAAUCACUUGACCUGCCUUUCUCACUUCACCUUUCUGUCAGAUUAUUGGUUAUCCCAUUCAGUGCAUCCAUUUGUAACUGACCUUUUCAGAAUAAUGUGCUUUCUGGUUUUGAAAAGCAUCAGAUGGUUGCAAAAGUUGUCAAAAAGUAAAUGUGUGUUUGUUUUUUUUUUCUUUCUUCUCUCUCUUCUCUCUCCUUGAGUAACUAUUUUACAUGCCCUUUGACUAAAAGGUGGACAAACACAUACGUCGACUGGAUGCAGACUUGGCACGAUUUGAAGCUGAUUUAAAGGAAAAACUGGAAGGGGCAGAGUUUGACAGUUCCUCAGGACGCACAAUAAAGAGUGAGUCCGUGCUAUAAAGUUAUUGGCAAAUGAACAAAUGCAAUCAUGACAUGCUCCUCUUCUAGCAUUCUUCAUUGUUUCAUAACCGAAGCAUUUGGUGUUAGCAGUGUAGAAAUGCUUUUGCGGCAGUGAAUUAACGUUUAGGAAUGUCUUUUGCUUUUGUUUACCUCAAGUAAAAGCUGCAUUGGGAUAGAUUUCCUUUUAGGUGGAACCGGCUAUCUGGCCUCCACUCAGCAUUGUCAUGAGCUAAUGUAUAGGGAAAGUUAAAAACAACCAAACACAAACUUUUUAUUUUAUUUUUUUGCAACUGUAGCUGUCAGAACUUUAUUAUGUGUUCAAGACCACAGUAUGUUUUUCAUAUGUUGAGGUGUGUGCUUUACAGAUGGAUUUAAAUUUAAUUUAUUCCGAUUAUAAAUAUUUGUCUAUCCCCUCAAUAUUUUUCCUACAUCAGAAAAUCGUGGUCAAAAAGAAAAACGAGGUUCCCGGGGACGCAGGGUUUCUGAAGAAGACACUGUAAAGAAAAAGAAAUUAAAAGGAGGGUAGGGAAUAGCUUUAUUUUAUAUUCUCACUCUGUGGAAAUCCUUUCCAAGCAUUUUUAUAUAUGCGAAUAAUAUAAAUAUAUCUAUCACUAAUAUAUAUUAUAACAUUUUCUCAGUUUGUUGAAUACUGUAGUCAGUUUUGUUUGCAUCAAUUCCAUAAUGUAGCACACAAAUGUAGACCGGUUUUUGCCUGUGCUUAUUUAUAUGUAGCUACUCCUUCCCCCAAAAUAGAUUUAAUUUGUCUUGAUGUUUGGGAGUACCUGAUGUUUAGCUAUAUAGGGACCUACAUACGUUCAUUUUCUUGUAUGGAGCGUUGACAAUGAUUUAUUCGAACUAGAUCUGCCUCUUAGUUGUGUAUAAGACCACCAAUUCAAAUCUCAAACCUCUUCAAGCACUUUGUAAUAGUAUUCUCUGCAUAAAGAGACAAACCAUGGUUUCUAAAAUAUUAUAAUGAAACCCUUUCCAUGUGGCAAUUCUGUCUCUGAUUCCUACUAGAGUUUGUAGUAAUGUUUGUAUUUUUUUUUUUUUUUCUAAAACAAAUGUGUGCUUUUAAAGAAGCGAUUGUCUUAUUUAUAUCAAUCCACUAAUUACAUAAUUGUAUACAUGUACUAUGAUACAUCUUGCAGAAUGUGCAUCUUGUAAAACCUCUAUUCAUUUUCCUUUUUUUUUUUUUCUGUUCAUUGUAGGCCAGUAUUUUCAGAGGCAGUGCUCACUGUGCAUCCUUCAGAUGUCUUGGAUAUGCCAGUAGAUCCCAAUGAGCCCACAUACUGCCUAUGUCACCAGGUGUCUUAUGGAGAAAUGAUUGGCUGUGACAAUCCAGAUGUAAGCAUUUUCUUUAACAUGUGCAUGCUGUACAGACUAGGUAGUGUUCCUUUCCUAUUGAGAAAAAGGUUGUAGUGGCCCUUAAAGAAAUCGAACCUUUUCAGAAUUUGUGGUUACUGGUUAAACAUGUGGUGUGUAAGGCAACUGGACUAUUUCUCCUUAAUAUUGGGGACCCUAUUAUUUCUAAUGCUGUCUGGCUACCGGCAUGGAAUAUAUCUAGCGAUGCUGCUGUGUUCUAUUUAUUUGAACUCUAAAAUUAAUGCAACAUUUGAAAUGGGACAUUGUCGUUUAAUAAACAUAUUGAUUUGUUUGUACUUUGUAAACCCUGUUAUCUGAAACUGCAUAAAUCCUGCAUUUACCUUCUGUUAUCACUUUAAGUCUGUACAGGUGUGUUUGUUUUUUUUAAACAGAUAGUUCUUGCCUUAUUUUAGGUAAAAUAUAUAUAUAUAUAUCUAUCUCUAUCUCUCUCUAUCCAUAAAUUACUAGCUUGUAUGUACAUGGAAAUUCAACUGGACUUUAAAGAUUUUAUUUAUUUUUCUUUACCUGUAAAAUGGACAGCUACCACCACACCUACAAUGAAUACCUGUCAGACCAUCAAGCCUUAUUUUAAUAUUAAGCAUAUUAAGCAUGCUACUUUUUUGCAAAUAUGUGGCAAAGUGAAAAGCUUUAAGCAGCUUUCACUGCCACUCCAUACUCUUUCCAUCAGCCAUUCUGAGUUGUGACUGCUUGGAAAAGACAUUAUCUCAUGCAAUAGAUACCUAUGCCAUGUCAUUGCAACUUUGCAAGAGCAUCAGUUUAGCAUAAGCAUGAACCUGGCUCCUGGAAGGUUAAGCAACUAGGGGAUAAUGGGACAGUGGAGAGCAGUUAAAGUAAUUUUCCCCAGUACACCAAAAUGACACUGGUGGCAGUUUAAUUUAAACUUGGGAACACUGUAGCUACAGUAAGGAAUCUAUUUUUUUUUUUUAUUUUUUUUUAUUUUUUUUACUAGGAUAGAUGUCUCUCUCUCCCUUUGGAGAGGUGUCAAGCCUGUGCCAUAAGCACACUGACAAUGACUCAGGAUAACGCUGCACUGAUUCACUGUGAUGAGUGAAAAUGCGACUAGGAAGUGCACUACAUAUCCCAUAAUUCUUUGUUGGAACCUGUUUCUGGUUAGGGCAGGAUAUGCUAGAUACAGCUUUACAUGAGGUGUUGUGGUCUUGAGUCUGCUCCUACAUUUGUCAUGUUGGGGUUUUAUAGCUAAUGCUAGUAUGCAAAGAUACAGUAUUUGGAAUUUGAGUUUAAAGAAAUAUUUGUCUUUUAGUGUCCAAUAGAGUGGUUCCAUUUUGCUUGUGUGGACCUCACCACCAAACCGAAAGGAAAAUGGUAAGGCUUUUUUUAUUUUUUAUUUUUUUUAAUAUACAUGUAAUUUACUACAUUUUAGUUAUCAAUUUCAUUUAAGUCUGUGCACUAUAUUUAAAAUUUUAAGCAGGAAACACAGGCUAAAAUUUGUAAAUUGAUUGCAUUCUAGCAUUACGUUAAGUGGAAUAUGAUAUAAAAGUCAGUUUUUUAUAAGUGUCUAAAAUAAGAAGUUAAGGUGAAAGGAGACUGACAAGUCGUCCAAAUAAGGCUGAGGGAAGAUGUAUUUUACUGAAACUCAUGAACCGGACAUGCCAUAUACCACCCAUAAUACUUGAUAUGACCAUACAAAUGACAGUAGUGUUCACUCUGGACACCAACACCCCGGUAAAAUCUGAAAACCGUGAUAUAUCUCUAUCUCUUUCCCGCCCCCUCUCUCCCCCCUCUAGAGAGAUAUCUAUAUCUUUCUCGCCCCCUCUUUCUCUCUCCCCCCUCUCCCCCUUCUUUCUUUACCCUCUCCCCCCUCUUUCUCUUUCUCCUCCUCUUUCUCUUUCUCCCCCUCUCCCUCUUUCUCUUUCUCCCCCUCUCCCCCCCCUCGGCUACUUACUACAUUCAACCGGAUUCAGUCCUCAGUCCACCCUCCUGUACUGGGUCCAGAUCCCUUCGAGUGGGGAAAUUGAAAGAGAAUCCAGAAGUAGAUGGCACCAAACUGGAGAGCUCUACCUUGAGGUAGUCUAGUGAGACGAAACCGGUCGGCAUUGAGAGACUACAUACUCCUAUUUUCUCCAGUUUGGUGCCAUCUACUUCUGGAUUCAGUUUCUAUUCCCCCACUCGAAGGGAUCCGGACCUGACAUGUUCAUAGUUAUUCUGGAACACUUGAUGGAAAAUUGAUAGGUAUUGUUUUUGUAUUAUACCUAGAUUUCUAUUUGCACUUUUAUCUAUAUACACCACACCAUUUUUGCUUUGUAUUGAUAUUACCAUAGAAGGGAUUAAACAGUCAGAUGUGAAUUCUAACCCUAGUUUCUUGCACAAGUUUACAUAGUCUUACAGGUCAUUGGGAUCUCUCCCGUAUAGAGGCCUAGGUUGCAUUGUAACUUGUGGUGUUUAUGAGAGAUGGCCUUGUCUUGGCCUCUAUGCUGUCUGAAGAACCCACAUUUUACUUUAAGGGCUAAAAUUAUCCUCUCUUUUACAGGUUCUGCCCUCGUUGUACCCAGGAGCGAAAGAAAUGAUCACAACUCACAUCGAACUGUGAUAUCAACUUUGUCUUUACUACUUUAAUGUUCAGCUUUUCUCUUUGUAUCAUCCCUGUCAUUUGUCAUUCUUCUGGAUAGUUUCAUAUUGAAGCACAGAGGCAGACAGGUUUGCACGGCCAAACUGUGCUGAGUAGAACAUCUCUUCCAUUGGAGGCUUUGUUGCACUUUGAGAAUGGUACCUCUGUAUUUUAAAAAAAAAAAAUUCUUUAAAUUGUUCCAUCCAAAGUUUAUACGUCUACCAAAGUUAGAGUAUACUCUAUCAUAAAACCUAAGAGGAAGAAGCAUUAACAGAUCUCCUACUUAAAGGUGCAAUCCUACCAAUGUCCCAUAUAAACAAAGACCGUAACUGCAUAAUUACAAUUCUGCUACUGUACCCUUUUAAAUAUAAAUCAGACAAAACCAAUGACCGUUCCACAACUAAAAAUUUGGGAGCUUAACAUAACUGUACUUCUAUCCCUAAAUGUUCUAUUUCAUGAGAAUGAACCACUCUCGCACCCCUACCAUUGCAGUAUUGAUAUGUAGGGGAUCUAAUUCAUUACCUAAGUCUCAUUAACCUCGCUGCUACCAGAGCAAGGGUUUAAGCUGAGUUGGGUGCCAUCCCAUGCCCAGGGCUUGUAUUGCUAUGAUCCUUGUGCCUGGAAAAUUAUUGUUCAAGAGUGUAGACCUUGCUGCUUCAAGAGGUCUUGGUUCUGAACCCUACAUAGUGCUACUGUUUAACAAUGCAAAUUUUAAUAUCAGAUCCCCUAAAGUUUAAUGAUCUUGGGUGUGUUUACUUUGUCAAACGUCUAUAAUUUUCUCGGUUUAGCCCUCACACUCCCCAUGACACCCUGUUUACAGCCUGUGAAGGGGUUUUUCAUCAAGCUCCAUUAAUAUAAGCAUGAACUCCGUCAAAGAAGCUUUGAGUGCUUUAGAAUUAAUCUUUGGUAAAUAGAUAGAUAUAUGAAAAUGGCGCUAACAACAAAGGCAAGUGCCAUGGAAACCAAUAGAAUAUGGGGCAUUGACCUAAAGUUUUUCCUGCAAUGCCUUUUGCACCCUUCCCUAUGUGAAGUGUGAAAAGACUGUAGGCAAUAAAAAAAAUAAACGCACAAUUUUAUUUUAGUUUGUGUAAUUUACAUUCCUUUAAACAUCAUUGACUUUAAUUUGUCUGAUUUUAUAUUUAUAGAAGUUCUGUAGCAAACACUGAUUGCUGACAGUUUAUUUUGGAUUUAGGAAAAGAUUGCCCCCCUUUUUUUUUUUUUUAUUGCUUUAAAAUGCUGCAGAGUGUGCCAGUCUCAGUUUUUAUUUUCUAGAUGUAAAUAUAAAAAGUUAUAAAAGAGAAAUAUAUAACUAUCUAUAUGGAGAUCACAAUUUAUAUGUAUAAAUAUUCUUUUGCAGACCAAUCCUUUAAUGGCCAGAAAGCAGUGUCAGAUGCAAUAUGGAUGGUUUUUGUGUAUAAAUAUAGAUUUUUAUUUUUAUUUUCUCCCCCCGGAUAUGUUGCUUAAUUAUAAGUUUCAACUGCUCUACUAUUCAGUCUUUCAUUAUUUGAAACACAUGCAUGACUAACUUAAAUUGUUUGAAGGUGGCUUUGGUGUAGGUCAGUCUAACUUUGAUUUAAACUUGAGUGUGAGAUGUGUCAUUAUUUUGACAUUUUAUGAGUUUUCUUUAGCUCCACGUUGGAAUGUUAGCACUGUGUAUUUCAAAACAUGUGUCUUGGUUGUUAAGAGAACUUUUUUAAUUGUCUGCAGUGACCAGCUUUGUAAUAAUGCAUGGUUGUACAUUUCCAGACUUCAAGAGUAUUUAAUUACUUAAGCUUCCUUGCAUAAAUCUGAUCAAUUUGUGAAAGAACACCAAAAAUGCAUUUAGUAUGGGGAUCAAAUGCAACUUAUAUUAAGAUGCACAUUUUAUACUGCACCAGGGAUCCUCCAUAUUUCUAAAGUAUACAGGCUUUCUUUUAUAUGCAUUUGAUAUAAAUUUCAUCUAAAAGUGUUGCCUGAUCAGCUGAAGGUGGCAGCAGCAAAGUGACAGCUAUUUCAAAGAAGGCUGCAUUCUGUCAGUUUCAUUUGUUUUAAGAAUUACACCAGGUAUCUUAACCACUACAGUGCACAAACAUGGUUAAUGUACAAGGAAAGACCUUGUGCCCUCCCAUCUCAAGUACUUAAACUGUUUCCAUAUGAUUUGACAGCUAACCUGGGGUCUGCUGAAGGCUCCAGUGUUUGUAUGUUUGCGGCAGUGACAAACAUUGCUUGUGUAUUAUAUUUUUAGAGCAAAAUCUUCACGCAAAACUGUCUAAAUGGAACAAAGAAAACUAGUGUUUUUUUUUUUUUUUUUUUUAAAUUGAGCAAUGUUGAAUGUAAACUUACUUCCAUACACAGUCUGAUAUACAUACCUAUACUUAUUUUGGAAGCUGCUAGUUCAUUCUAAAUUUUAUUCCGUUAAUUUACUAAAGAGCACCUAUUCAAUACCCAAUCCGUUAGCGGAUAUAUGGCUAACGUUAUAUUGGUCUAGGUUUGGCAGGUCUGAGAGGGGAUGAAUAGAUUCUUAAAGGGUCAUGUAUCUACUGGGGGGAACCAACCAGAAAAAUGGGCUGUCUGCAGAACUAUAAGCGCUUUUGCAUGAGCCCAAUUACCCUGUAUGCCACUGCUAGUGCAGCAUGAGUGAGUUUAAACAUGCAUAUUGCAACCGUCCUAAGAACGCAUUCUGACAGCCACUUUAUCUGAAGAUCAAGAGAGAGCGCUUUGGUAUGUCAUGUGACUGUAAAAGUCUGUCAUUGCCUUCAGCUAUACCCACCUGGCAGGGUGUAUUUUUGUGAUUUCUAAUGUAAUUUGCAACAGAAGCUCUCCUGUUCAUGUAUUUUGUGAGUGAAUAUUUUGUAGCUGCUUCAAAAAUGAGUCAUAAGUUGGGAAGUAAGCAUUUCUGAUAACCGCCAACACUCUGGAAAGAUAAAACAGUCCCUGUGUAAUAAUUUUUGUAUCUAUCAAACUUUUGAACACUUUGAAGAAUGAACAUUAAAAGUAUAAGGCGUUGUCCAUAGGUAAUUUUUAAUGAGACAAAUAUCGAAGACCCAUCUUUUAUAAGGCUGGAUUUGAGUUGCUCUAAACCUUUUAUCAUGGAAACUUAGAAAACCCUGAAAUCUUGGAUAUUUGUGAAGAUUUUGAAUCCAUCCCAUUAUAAUGGCUACGUUUUAUUUUCUCCCUUUUUAUUCUAUAUUGCAGUGCUAUUGAUAAUCAAAUACAGAUGCUGUUUGACUUGCAGACCUGUUGAAACACAUUGCUAUAAAUCUAUACUAAGAAAAUUACAUGACAGUAUAUUUGAAUUUACAAGUCUAAAAGACCAUCAUUAUGCUUUCUUUAAAUUAAAGGGAAUUAAUCAUAAAGUGAAUUUUUUAAUUUCCUACCUUUUAUAUUGUAUAGUGAAUGGGUUUUAUGGGUUUUCUUUAUAUUUUACUUGCCUAGAUCCAAUGCUGGCAUCAAGUCAUUUAAGAUGUUAAGUUGUUAAACAUGCAGUAUCUAGAUUCUGGUAACAUUUUCUUAUUGGAUGUUUUCACUUAAGGUGAGACAAUCACUUAGGGUCAUCAGAAGACCACCUGUUGGUGAACUGUUGCAUUGUAAGCUGGAGGCACGUUUAUUGGUGUUUUGAUCUUAGGAAAUGCAGGAGGGAUCUUAUUUGACGAAGUCAUGCAUUAUAUAUUCUCUAUGCUGGUUUCGGUAGAGAAUCCACUACCGAACUAAAAUUCUAUACAUCGCACCUGACUGGACAACCGUAGGCUUCUUAUUCUUAAAUAGCGCUCUGGAAUUGUAGUUUUUCUUUUGUGUGCUGCUAAAGAUUUUUGCCAACUCCAGGUGCCCAUCCAGUGAUUUAGUUAUAAUACACAACUAAUUUUCAAUGAAUGACCAGGUUUCUUAAGAUCUAAAAUGUCAUUGUAUGCAUUGUUAGUCAGAUCACUAGUGUGUGUGUGUGUGUAUAUAUAUAUAUAUAUAUAUAUAUAUAUAUAUAUAUACACACACACUAAGUAACUUGGCUUUGUGUGUCAAGUUAAUGGUGGUUGGAUUAAGCUAGUGACGUGUUGUGCCUUGUAGUUUGGUUGUAUGCAGACUAAAACCAUUAUAAAUAUAAGUUGCACCAAAAAUAUAUAUAUAAUUAUAUAUACAUCUUAAACUGUUGAGUAUUGAAAUUGUUUUCAAAAUGUAAAAGUAGUUUAUUUCUAAUAUAAAGGAACAGUCUAGGCACACAAUGCACAUCUAAAGGAAUAGUUUAAUGAUUAUUUAAUAUAUAUUAUAUACACUCCAACUUCUGGAUCCAUACAGCUAAGCAUUGGGGGUUAUUUGCAUUUUUGCCCCUCUCAUACAGGCAACUCCUGCAGAGGUGAAAGGGAGUUAUCUUUACCUGACAUGCACCUAACAUCUCAAAUUCUGUGGCAUGUGAAGCCACUUGUUGCCUACAGGACUGUGUGUUCAUGUGCAAGGGCAAAAAAUGGGUUUAUGAAAGAUUAUCACAUGGCUUUUGGCCACAGUCUUUUCCCACUGACACCCCUUCAGUAAGCUAAUGUUUAGGUGGAACACAGGAGAGGCAGCAGACUGGCACCUGGUGACAUCUUCAGUAUUAAACCAAUAGAAAUGGUGUAGUACAUGAAUGUAAGAUUGUUUUCGGGGACUCUGCACCAUAAUCACUUUGAGAUUAAGUAGUUAUGGUGCCUGGAGUAUUCCUUUUUUAAUAGGGAAAAAACAAACACUCAAAUGACAAAGUUGCAGUGAGAGAUUUUUGGGUAUACCCAAAAGCCAUUACCUGACACUAUUCUUCACCAUUAUUAUGAGGCCUUCACGUCUGCCUUAUCUACGAAUACCAAGACAACAUCUUGAAGGCACACAACUCCAUAUUGGAAUGUUGCCUUCAUUCGUCGUGAAACCAACAUAACAGCAACUAUGUUUUCUUUUGAGUUUUCUUAAUUAUGUAGAUUUAAAACUCUGCUAGAACCAAGACAUAAGGGAUAUAUAUGGUAAUUCAAAAUGCAUGUGAUGGCUUUCCAGUUUCUCUGUCUGAAUCUGCAAUGUUCAGUUAGGUUGGGGUGCCAAGCUCAUCAGACUUUCCUAGCCAUAACCUUUUUGUUGCUUCUGGGCAGUGCAACAAAAGCGGUGUUUUGCGGUAUGAAGUCAGUGGACAACAUGAUGGAGCUGUCAACUCUAUCGGGAGGGAGUAAAUUUACCAGCCUUCAUGUUCAAUCCUAUUUUAUCCUUUUGUAAAGUGCACCAAUGUUACCCCAUUGGGUUUAUGGUAUCUAGAAUUCUUCACCAAAAGCACCCUAACAUUCAGGCCUCUGCCUUGAUGCUGCACUUUCAUGAGUUACUGCUGAUCUUUAGAUCUAGAACUUUGAGGCAUAAGAGAAAAUAUAAUCACAUUUUACAUCGUUAAGAGCAGCAAUAUGUGAUUACAUGAAUGUACUAAAAUUUUGUUAUAUGUUUACAAAAAAAUAAAAUAGUUUUGCACUGUUUUACAGACACAAGUGACAUGCACACAGAAUUUUACGUGACGAAACUGAUACUUAAUUCUCUUUGGGUUAUAUGUCAAGACUAGCGGAGUUAUAAUAAAAGGGUUUAAAUAGUUUAGUUUAACCUCUCCUAUAUGAUGUCGUAAUGAAAAGCAAUAUGUAAUUGCACUAGCCAAGAAGAAUGUUAUCUUAUGUUGAUAAAGGAAGUAUUUGUAAAGUCUGCUUGCAGACUGUAUGUUUGACAUAUGUGUGUGUGUGUAUAUAUAUAUGACAAUUUGCUAUGAAUGUGACUGCCAUAUAAUGCAUAACAGAAUCCCUUUUGAAAGAGCGCCUUUAAUCUAACAUGGUAAGAUUCUCAAUUUGUGUUCCCUUGGUUAUCCUAUACGUUGCACAGAAAACAAAUUGCUAAGUAUAUAUUUUUCAUAUCUAACCACACGUCUCUGCUUUGAAAAGCUGUUAAAUGCUGUGUUACAAAAUGUUUAUUGGAAGCAUAAUGCUGGAAUGAAAUGUCUGUAUUUUUGGAUAGUGUUAGAUUCAUAUUUUGUCAUCAAUAAAAUAUUUUUGUGCCGUCUUAAUUGUAAUAUGGAAAGACCUUACAUGUAGAAGGAAUAUAUUAAUAUAUAUAUACACACACUGUUCACAUCUGUUAUGCUUGUUGAACUGUUUUCUCGAUUUUUGUGAAAUAUUCCAUACAUAAAAGUUUUUAACUGAC